AUGGCAUCGUUCCUCCGUGCUUUCGUGUGCGUCGCGGCCGCCGAGGCGGUCUGGCUAGACGAUCGUCGGGCGAUCUCCGACGCCGUCGGGUGGCCUCACGGCGAGAACAUCGCAGAGUUGGCGAAGCUCGUCACCGAGGCCGCGUUGCGGAAGAGGCCAGAGCUGCUCCCGGAUGGGUACCGGCUGUUGGACGACCUCUUUCCUUUCCCGAAUGCGCAGAGCCGGCAGAGGACACGCAUCAUGGCCGGGAUGUUGCAGGUCUUCGGCAUAGUCUUGUUCAGGUACCACAACACGGCUGCUUGGUGGGACGCCAUGGGGGCGAGCUUCUUGACCUGGUGCGCGGCCGCGCCCCUCCAGGAGAAACCGGGCGCUCUGCGCGAUGACCCCGACCCCACUGGCUUUUUCUCUUGGUUCGUUAGAGAAGCGCCUGGCUGCCUCGUCGGAUUCGGACUGGGGUACUGGCUUAAAUUCGUGUUCGGAGAUUUGUCGUUGGUAUCGCCGGGCGCCGUGGACCUCGCCGCCUUCGCCAUCGUCGGGAGAGGCGCCAUCGCAGCGCUCAGGACUUGGGGCUACGAGGCGGCUCCGAAGCAGACGUCGGCGCACCCCGGGGGGCAGCAGCUUUACUGGUUGAACAUCACGAGGGAGGUCUGCCGCCUCCUCGCGGCAGCGCUCGCGGCCAGCGCUGCGGCGUCGCUGGCUCGGCAGGCGGGUUUGGCGGAUUUGUCGGUCUACGACGUGCAAGUGAUGUUGUGCAUGCUGCACCGGCAGGGCGGCCUCGCGGCCCGCCGCCGCGCGCAGCCGCAGUCAGCAAGGGCCCCGGAGUCGGCGGCAACGCCGGCGGCGGUGAGUCCCGCCGUCGCGGAAGGGCUGCCCUCCCGGCCAGCCACGAAGCGACUUCGCCGCGCCCUGCGGGCGGCAGCAGCGCCCGACCGCGGGGCAGCUCCGCCGCGGGCGACGCCAGCCCUGGAGUCGCCAGCAGCGCCAGCGGCGUCAGCGCCGGCUUCGGCGCGCGCCGGGGCCGCGGCGGCGGCGGCUGCCUCGAGCUUCUCGAGGCCUCUGAGGCGGCUGCGGAGCGCCGGGAGCGCGGAGGUGCCUCCCGCACCGGGUGCGGCGGCGGUGGCAGCGGCUGCAGCGUCGGCGGCGCAGCCAGCGGUGCCGGAGGCCUCUCAGGCGGCCGCGGCGUCGGCGGCGCUGCCAGCGCGCGCUCGCGAGCAGCUGUCCCGACUGCGCCGGAGGAGGGAGCGCGUCUUGGACGCAAUGUGCAAGGAGGAGCAGCGUUUAAUUUACAUUAUCGGCGGCGAGUCCGAGGAGCCGGGCGCCCCGGGCGGCCGGGAGUGCGCCGUUGCCGAAGGACCUGCAGAGCAAGGGGGUGUUAACGACGGUCGGUGGUCGGGCAACGGCCCAGGGUCGGAUCCCUCUUCGUGGUGGUCGGACGACGGCAAUGGGUCAGACCCCUCCUCGUCCGAGCGGGACUCUGGGAGCGAGUUCCUCGAGGCGAUCGCGGCAGAGCAUGCCCUCUGGCAGCGCCCAGAGCAGAAGGGGUGCGCCGCGCGCCCUUCCCGCCAGGAGGCGAGGGCGAAGCGGGCGCAGCUCCAGGAGGAGCGAGCGGCCGCGAGGCAGGCCCACUUGGAGCACAUCGCCAAACAGGAGCAGGGGCCGGCGGGCGUCCUCUCCGACGAGGCGCCCGAUGAGGGCGAGGCUGCGCCAGCCUACGGCGCGGGAGACCUCGCCGCGGCAGCGGCGCUCAUCGCGCGGGAGCCGGAUCGGCCGCGCGCGCGGGUUCGGGCGCCUGCGGGGCCGCAGGGCCCGCCCGCGCCGCACGCCGCCGCGCCCGCCGUGCCAGGAGACACAGCGCUCGUGCCCGAGCGGCGGCCUGGCACAGACGGCGAUUAG